AUGUCUACUACCAAGGGACACACCAACGGCCAGCAGCCCAGGAAAGAAUUAGACCCCAAUCAGGGAGGCGACCCAAAUAAGAAGACAUACCAUAAGCAAGCGACCGGAGAAGCGUGGAAAACCGUGCAGGCCCACGCGAGAGAGCACGACCUGCAACUCUACGGGAGCUGCUUCUGUCCUUUCGUCCAUCGAGUCUGGAUCUCGUUGGAAUUGAAAGGUCUCGACUAUCAAUACAUCGAAGUAGACGUGUACAGGAAGCCCAAACUCCUCCUGGACAUCAACCCGCGCGGCCUGGUGCCCGCGCUCCGACACGGCGGAGACUGGGGAUGCUACGAGAGCACGGUCUUGAUGGAAUACCUCGAAGAUCUCCACCAAGGCCGCGCUCUACUACCCCAAGACCCCAAGCUCAGGGCCUCCUCGCGCCUCUGGUCUGACCAUAUCAAUCGCCACAUCAUCCCGAAUUUCUACAAGUAUCUACAAGCGCAGAGGGCAGAAGACCAGAUCCGAUUCGCGGGUGACUUGAAAGAGCAGAUCUCCAAAGCCGUGGACGCUGCGGAUCCCGAGGGCCCUUUCUUCCUGGGCGCGGAGAUGUCGUUUGUCGAUGUCCAAUUGGCACCGUGGAUUGUGCGGUUGGAGAAGGUGCUCAAGCCGUAUCGAGGAUGGCCGGACCCGGAGCCCGGCAGUCGAUGGGAGAAGUGGGUGCGGGCAGUCGAGCAGAGCGAGCCGGUGCGGAAGACAACGAGUGAUGAUGGGCUGUACCUGGAUAGUUACGAGCGGUACGCGGAGAACCGACCGAAUACGUCGCAGGUCCGUGAGGCUAUCAAUUCAGGAGGCGGGCUGCCAUAA